AAUUAAGUUUUUUUCCGGAAACAAAACAAAAAAAGCUUAUCGACACUGCAGGUACUACAACCCAGCCAAGGUUUCAAAAACUUUUAAUAUAAAUUGCGAUAGCAGCUUGAAACUCGCCAUUAUACCUAAAUAGUUGUUAAAGUUCUCCACCUUUACGGAAAUGAACUCCCAUCAUUAUUCUAGACUGUUCCUUUUAAUUGGAGUAGUCAAGUUUUGUUUGUCUAAUGGUCUUUCCAUAUCCAAGUGGGAGCCUUUCAACGAAGUGGACGACACAAGUCCUUCUGAUUUCAUCGACAUACAUGCUUUUGGCGAAAAUGCAUUUAUCGAUCCUGAUGACGAAAUCACUGGCAAACUUGUGGCUCAAUACAAUAGGACGUCUAAUCAAAAUCCCGAAGAACUUGGUGCGUAUUUUGAAGGAGACAUUCGCAUGCCAUUUCACAUGUACAGCCGAAAUGGCUUAGUGACCCAGCCCACUCUCUGGCCAAAAGGAGUCGUACCCUACGAAAUUGCCGGAACCUUCGAUUCCAAUGGACUGGCAGCGAUUAAAUUGGCAUUUGAUGAGUACCACAAGAGGACAUGUAUUCGGUUCAAGCUCCGCUCUAGGGAAAAGGAUUACAUAUCCAUAGUUAACGGUAGAUCUGGCUGCUGGUCGUCAGUGGGGAGGAUAGGUGGAAAGCAGGAAGUUAACUUGCAAUCACCGCAAUGUUUGAUGAAACGCGGCACUCCUCUGCAUGAACUUAUGCACGUGUUAGGUUUUAUCCAUGAACAGAAUCGUUAUGAACGGGACAGCUAUAUAAUUGUACGACCAGAAAACAUCAAGGAGAAUAUGAAAGUUAACUUUAUUAAGUCUUCUCAACAAUCAGCACAAGGCUUGAUGGGAAUUGGAUACGAUUACACGAGUGUGAUGCACUAUUCAGCAACGUCAUUUUCGAAGAAUGGAAAGCCUACAAUUGAGCCAAGGAGAAUUACAAGAGAAUCAAGGUUCAUGGGACAGCGCAGUGGCUUCUCAAGAGCAGAUGUAGCAAAAAUAAACGUCAUGUAUAAUUGUAAAAGUAUUAAUGUCCUUGACGAUUCAUGAACAUCAUGAACUUGAACUGGAAAAACGUGGAUGAUUAAUGUUAAAAUAAAAAAACAAAAGUGUUGUUCAAUAUAGGUAUUAUUGAAGUUUUUUUUUGUCCAGAAAGGUUUUCAAGUUUAUUGCACAAUACAUUCCAUCAAAAGAUUUUAAAUAUUCAAUAGGUAGAUACAUUACAAUAUUGAAGUUCCAUUUUCCUAAAGUCAACUGAUU